CUGUUCAAAAAUUGUAUUGUAUUUAUUUGUGAGCUAAGUGAGUUUAGAAAAAUUAAUUAAAAUUUCGUUAAAUAUUAUACCCGCAUAUAAUGGAAUCGCUUCAUUAUAUUGAAUUAUCUAAGUGUCCAAUUCGCUUCGAUGCUGCUAGUCAACUUACCAAUGUUUUUUUCGAUGACUCAAAUCGUCAGAUUUUUGCAGUGCGUAGUGGCGGAGCAACUGGUGUAAUUGUUAAAGGACCUACUGAAGAUUCGGUUAUAUCAUUCUGUAUGAAUGAUCGUGGUACAAUUCGUUCUAUUAAAUUUUCUCCAGAUAAUAAAAUACUAGCCGUACAACGACGCGAGAAUGCAGUGGAGUUCAUUUGCUUUCAAGGGGAACAACCUUUGCUGCAAGAAAUUAUUAUACAUCAGAUUAAAUCAGUAGUUUACGGUUUUGUAUGGGUGCAUGCACGUGAGGUGGCAAUAAUUUUGAAUAGUAGUAUUGAAAUAUUCACUAUAGUACCAGAAAAGCGUCAGUUACGCAGCGUGAAAUCCCUAAAUAUUGGCAUCAAAUGGUUUGCAUGGUGUGCUGAAUCUAAUAUAGCGCUUAUUUGUUCAACGGAUAAUAAUGCAUUAGUACCUGUGUUAAUAAAACAGAAAUCCAUUACGAAAUUACCUAAAUUAGAAAUAGGCGACACUAGUCGCGAUGUUCAAGAGAGCAAAGUUACUUUGGGUCAAGUAUAUGGAACAAUGGCAGUUUUUCUUCUCCAAGCCAGUGUCGAAGGUAUGAUGGAAGUGGAAGUUUAUCUUCUAAACGGGCCUGGUUUAGCGCCACGUAAAUGUCAUGUACUCAGAUUAGGUCAUAUUGGACGGUUUGCCAUUAACACCGUAGACAAUUUAAUAGUAGUUCAUCAUCAAGCCUCGGCCACUUCAUUGCUAUUCGAUAUAGCAUUGGCUGGUGAGCAAAUGAAUGGUGUUACGUAUCACACACCAAUUACACCUGGUCGUUCAAUUCGUUCAUUUGCAUUGAAAUUGCCAAGCUUAUCACCAGAUGGACAAAUAAUGCAGUGCGAAUUAUAUUCGAUUAACUGGGUGCUAUUUCAACCGAAUAUUGUUAUUGAUGCUAUGCUGGGUUGCAUGUGGUAUUUAAACCUAGAUGUGGAACCGCUUUGUACCCUUAUAUCGGAUCGUAUCCGGCUUACCGAAUUCUUGCUGCAGCGAACUACCGGCAAACAAGUGCUUUUAAAAAUGCUACGCCAAAUGGUUGACGAGCAGUACAAAGGUACAUUAUUGCCCGUAUUGGAAACGAUAUUUAAUAAAAUUAAUAAAGUCUACGCCACGUGGGUACAGCUAGAGUUGCAAACACAAACCGCUCAGCCAUCGAAUAUUAAAACAACACCUAAACUACCUCCCGCUCCAAAAGUACUUAUUGAACAACAGGAUAUGUACACAUACGUCUUCCAACCCAUCAGCGAACGUGCCAAUACUGAAACCAUAUUGAUUCUAUAUUUAUACUCACUAAACAAACAUAAUAUCGCUGCACAGGAGGACCUUAGUAAGAUGAUAAUUAGCGAACUAAUACGAAAUCGUAGUUUUGAUACUUUAAGACAUUUGGUUAACUAUUCAUUGUUGAUGGAGUCAAAACCAAUCGCAUGCUUUUUGCUUUCACACUCCAAUGUGGAUGCAAUUAUUUCACAAAUCGCAUUGGAUAUGUUGAGUAAGAUCGAUGCGCACGACAUUAUAAUCGAGGUGCUCUUGGGUCAAGGUAAAGUCGUAGACGCUCUACGCUUGGCACGGAAUUCAAAACACAAUGAAACAAUUUCGGCUCGUAAAUUUCUAGAAGCUGCACAAAAGACUAAGGAUGAUCUCAUAUUUCACAGUGUUUUUAAAUUCUUUCAACUACGGAAUCUUCGCCAACGCGGUACAGUGGAUUUCUUAAAAACGGAGCAAUGUUCUGACUUCGUGCAAUACUAUAGCAACUUAUAUCCAAAAGAGCUAUCAGCAUAAUAAGGAAAAUCCGUACGCAUUCUAAAACACAAGCCGCUGAUUUUAUGUAAAUAAUUAUAUUUAACUAUAAACGGUUUGUGUUUUCUAUUUAAUUAAUCGAUAGUUAAGUUACGGUAUUAUAUAGUAUAUCUAUUAUAUGUGUAUAUGUAUAUUUCCUAAUGCAUUACAAGCAUUUAGCUUUUUAGCAAAUAGUUACGGGUAUAUCUUUUAUAUACAUAUAUAAACAAGUUAUAAUAAUUUACAUUAAAGCUUAAACAAAAAUUUAA